AUGUUGUAUACAGCAGCGCCGGUGUUUGAUGAAAAAUACGUGUUCACGUGGAGAUUGAAUAACAGUGGUGUUUUCUCGGUGAAUUCUGUGUCGGCCUUGCUUGCGGAUUAUAAGGAUGUUGCUUGGCCGGUCAAUACAAUGGAAUCGUUGAAUGCUUUGUGGAAAGUGCCGACUCCGUUAAGAUACAAGAUUUUUGGGUGGAGGAUUCACCCGGAAAGUUUGAAUCAUUUGUGUUUCUCUUGUAAUGUCUCGAAGGUGAUAUGGUGUCGGGUUUUAUUGUGGUUGGGGGAAAUUCCUUCUCUUACCAUUGAUGGUUUUUUGGAUUUUGGUUUUAUCCAAGAGAAGGUUGUUAAUGUUAAAGCUAGAAUGAAGAUCAAUUCCAUUUGGAUAGCUACCACGUGGAGUCUUUGGUACAUGAGAAAUGCGAUGAUUUUUGAAAAGGAGGAGUAUAGUUUUGAUAUGGUAUAUUACAAAAUCAUGUAUUUAUCUUGGUGUUGGUUAGCUAGUUGCAAUCCGGGUUAUCUUUCUAGCUUUUACGAUUGGUACAAAUCCCCGAUGGAUUGUUUUUAA